AUGGAUAUCAUUCCUCCUUCUUACGAAUCAGCAACAGACAGAGAUGCUUGGACAAUUAUUGCUCGCUAUAUCCCUUCCAGCGACCUAUGCGCUGCAUCUUUAGUCUGCCACAGAUGGCAUGGUCUAUUUAUGCCCUUCCUCUGGGGUAAUCCUGCAUCUCACUUUGGUACAGAUAAUGAUGCAGUCUAUGUGGCUCUCACGCGAUUCCGAAGAACACUCAAAUAUGCCCGGCUAGAGGUACGAGCGUUAACCCAUACCCUUCAUCUUCCACCCGCUCUCUCAGAGAUAUAUGGUGGUCCGCGACCGGGCUGGUUGAGGGACAUUCUCGAAUGUUUGCCAUGUCUUCAGUGUCUGAUGGUCUCGAAGUUACCUUUCUUUGACCACCAUGCCAUGACAGCAUUGAAACCCCAUGAGAGGUCCAACCAGUAUAAUAUAAGGUUAUUGUUGGCUGAACGUGAGCCGAAUACCACUUCCGCAAGCCUCGCAAAUACUCUCCUCUUGUUUCCAGCAUUGACCUACCUGGAUCUUUCGUACACCACCCCAGCACGAGACCGCAAUGUACUGUCUACGCUAGCUGAAAUGCCGUUUCUCCGGAUACUCAAAUUGCGUGGUAUCGGGCUGAAAGACAAUGACGCCGAAUUUCUAGCCAAUGCGAUUGGACAACGAGUCCGUUGUUUGGAUUUGAGAGACAACAUGCUCACUGACAUGGCAAUUCGAUUCCUGCUACAGUCAUCCUUCCUCCCGCCAGAUGGAAGAGAAAGGCAAGAAAGUCCAAGGCAGGCCACGACUUCCCCAGAUCCCUUCUCGCACUUUGCAAUCAAUGAGUCUGGCUCGGAUUUCUUCAAGCGGCCAGACUUGGAUGACCAGUUUGCGAAGCUACUCGCUCAGCCUGUUUUAUUUCAUCCAUGGGUUGAAGACUUGCCGCAUACGGGAAUCACACAUCUUUAUAUUACUGGCAAUCAAAUAUCUCUGGAAGCUGUGGCGAGUCUUUUACUCUCGUCCCGGCUAUAUGCUCUCGAUUUCGGGACCAUAAAACCCCCGGAUAAGGCACAUCACACACAUCAUUAUCGGAAGGAGAAAUAUUCGGGAGCUGAAAAGCUAGUCCCAAUUUUGGGUAAGAUUGCAGGGGACAAUUUGAUAUAUUUCCGAGCGCAUCAUGCUGUUCUCACAGGCCAAUCACAAACUAAAGACGCUUCAUCCAAUGAUAAGUUUCUUCCAGAGCUUUCAGCACAAGAUAGCCCCCGCGAAGUCGAACAAUUCGAGCUGGAUACCUCCCAGCAGGUUUAUGAGUUGCCCGAAGAGACAAGACCUGUCUUUGAACUUGCGGAUACAUCAACGACCGACUCAAUUAGCUCAUCUUCAAUGACAAAAAGGUUGAAAGCAUCCCAGGCAUUGAAAUCCUAUGAGGACGAGCCUGGCCCAUCGGUUAGGCGUGGAUCAGCUUUUGCUCCGGAGGUCGUACAGCCAAUCCCUAUACACAGUAGCGCCAACGGAGGUACGGUCUUUAGUGCUAGGACAGAUACAUGGGAUACAGACCAGGCCGAGGGAAGCACCUUGCCAUCCAUUUCAAUGGCUUCAGACUGCGACAAGCUUGCGGCAGACUUCUCUCUCCAGGCAACCAUGCAAUGCAGCUCCCCAAUCUCGCCGAACGAUUCUCUCGCACGAACAGUACAGCAAUUGUUGGCAAAGCGACCACGUAACCAAUCAAUCCCACUUCAAGGAGGAAGAGAAAGCUGGUUCCCUUACCUACACCCAUCACAUAUUCCUCACAUGGAAUCUUUGGUGCUGACAGAUGUACCAUCACAUGUGACGCCUAACUCUUCAAUACUUUCUGCGCUCACUCGGUUCAUUACUGCCUGCUCAAACGAAGCAUUACUAGCAACUCUACAAGCAGGAUCAGACUACUCCCUCCCACCAGGGCAAGCACGUAUGCAAGCCGAGCAGCGGCGCUCGCGAUCUCUCUUUGGCUUGCGGCGUCUAGUUCUUGAAAUUACACCUGUUGAUACCUCCAAGCUGACAUCAUGGAAACCUGGGAACCAAUAUAAUGCCACAGGGCAUUCAAGCACUGGUGACCGCGACUCGGAGAAUCUUUGGUCUGCAGCCGCCAAUGAUUUCAGCUUCUUCGGUGAAGAAGAGUGUGGAGUCCCCGAAAAUGACACUGGCAAAUACUUUCCCAUGGCUGUGCUGAACGAAAAGGUCUCGCUUAUGCCAUCGGAGAAUGCCUCGUUACCUUCACCCGAUUCUUCUUCGUUGCAAUCACCUGAUUCUUCUCGACUCGGGCGUCACCAUCCACAAAGUGCUAAGACCCCUGGUCCACCAGGAGCUACUAGAGAUAGAAAGCAACAGUGCCAGGUCCCGAUGAUUGACCUUGUAGCAGAGCUUGCGACCUUUCGUCGCCGCAAAAAGGCCGAGUAUGAGCAGGUGGUUCGUCGUGAGAGAAGGCGGCGAAACACGGUUGGCACGGGUGCUUCCGGCAUGAAUAGCCUACUCAUGCCAUCAUCACCCCAUAUUGCUCUCUCACAUUAUGUCGAAGGCCAUUGGAAGGGAGAGGUGAAGGUCGUGCGGGGCCCAAUGCCGAAGGUGCGGACCGGAACGGUUGAUAUGUAUGGAAACUAUUUUGAGAAGGGGUACCUGUACCCAUAA